GGAAAUUUGGAUUAACAGCAAACUGGGCCCAGAGAAGGAGGAGAAUAGGAGGAGGAAAGAAGACCUGGAUUACUUUGGAGAAAUGGACCUCAGCAGCCACUCAUUUCUGGCUCUUUCUGCUUAAGGAAUCUCCUGAUACAAAACCACUGAACUCUUUGUAUCCCAGCCCCAACCUCCUCCCAGAUAACCAUGGCAAUCCCCCCACCAUCAAAGAUUUCACUAUCGAACCCAGCCUCCAACAUGAGGAGGAUGCGGCGAAUCAUUGCAGAGGACCCAGAAUGGUCCCUGACCAUCAUACCCAGGCUCUCUGAACUCUGCUUGCAGUAUAUUGUCAGCAACUUUGAAAAAAAUCCUAUACUCACCCAGCUCAAUCCAGUCCAGCAGCGGAGGGUGCUGGACCGCCUCUCCACUGACCUGCCCCUGAAGGUGGUCGCCAACCUGAUUUCGGACGAGAGCUACUGGCGCCGCCGCUGCAACCAGCGCUGGACGGUGGGACACGUGGAGAAGUAUGGUAACAGCUGGAAACGAAUGUUCUUCGAGAGGCACCUGCAGGAGCUCUUGAAAUACUUCAUCCCGGGAACCACGGACCCCAACGUGAUUCUGGAGCUGGUGCCUCUGUGCCAGGACUACGUGGUCAGGCUCUGCGUGGACCAGUUCCUGCCCCCCGUGAAGCUGGAACAGCCGGUGCAGGAAAUGGAGCAGUCAGACUCAGCCAGCGAAACUGAGGUGGAGGAGUUCAGCAUGGAUCACUAUCAGCUGGGAGAGCUGGUGGCCGGGCUCCGGCGGCUGGAAGAGCUGGAUCUGGUAUUCGGAGUGAAGGACUGCGGCAUGAACUUCGAAUGGAACCUCUUUCUCUUCACCACCCGAGACUGCCUCUCCCUGGCUUCCACCAUUAAGGCUUGUCACACCCUCAAGGUCUUCAGAUUGACGCGGAGUAGGGUGGAUGAUGAGAAGGCUCGUAUCCUGAUUCGAAGCCUCGUGGACCAUCCAGCCCUUCUGGAGCUAGACCUUUCACACAACAAUAUUGGGGACCGAGGCGUGCGGGCUGCGGCUAAGCUGAUCAAUCACAGCCACCUGCAGAUCCUCAACCUGGCCAACAACAAAAUCAGAGCCUUAGGAGCCCAGGCACUGGCCCGUGCUCUGUCUUACAACACCACUCUCCUCUCCCUCAACCUUCGCCUUAAUUGCAUCGAGGAUGAGGGCGGGCAGGCCCUGGCCCACGCCCUGCAGAGCAACUCAACCCUCACCAACCUGCACCUGGGGGGCAAUGAGCUCUCUGAGCCCACAGCCACUCUGUUCUCCCAGGUGCUGUCUGUCAAUACCACCCUGACCUGCAUCAAUCUCUCCUGCAACCACAUUGGUCUGGAUGGUGGGAAGCAGCUCUUGGAGGGCAUGUCUGACAACAAGACCCUGAUGGAGUUUGACCUGAGGAUGUCUGAGAUUGGCCAGGAGAGUGAAUACCUCAUAGGUGGCCUCAAUGCCAACCGAGAGGCUGCCCGUCUUCGGACCUUGCAGCCUACCUGUUGUCAUAUAACAGUUAACCACAUGAAUAACGCUGCAGGUUGAGGGAAAGGUACCUGGCAUCUGAGGCGUCCACCUGCUUCUCAGUCCCCCCUCCCCCACUCACUGACCACCCCAUCCCCUUGCCCACUGACCAGCCUCAUCCCUAAGAUAGUCUUCUAAUAAAGCCCCUGAACUCCUGCUCCCAUCUUCAGCUCCCACUC